UUCAGUUUUCCCCUCCCAAUUUUUGAAAAUUAUAUUAAAUUUAAAUUAAUAACCAUGUCAAUAAUUAAAAAGAUUAAAUCUCAAUAUGAAAUGUGGAAAGUAACGAAAUAUACUAAACGAAGGUCUACUAUGACACCAGAAUUUGAACAAAAGGAUCCCGAUUUUUACAAGCAAAACUAUGUUAAUGGGGUUUAUUUAAAUUAUGCUAGUCCUGAUUCACCAACUUCUUCAAAAAGGGAUAGUAGAGGCAGUGUAAAAAGACAUAGUAAAUCUCAAAAAAUCAUUAGGUGUAGUGAAACUUAUAAUUCAUGCUGAUCAACUAACUUAAAGGCUUCUACGUGUUAAGAGAGAACAAAUCAUUUAACCGAAGGGGAAUAAUGCUUCGUAUUGUAAUAAGGAUCAUUUACGAUGCGAGCAGAAUCCCUUUGUUAUCAUUUAAAUUCAUCCAUUCCUUUCUUCAAAUAAAGCAAUUCAAUUUAUUGAUCGAUAUUGCUUUUUAUCUCCGUUAUUCUUCUUUUAACAUAUUCUCCUCUCUUUUGGUUUUCCUCUUAGCCUUCUUUUAUUUAAAGAUUUUAUGAUUUUUAUGAUUUUCGCCACGAAGUGUUUUUUUUAUUUUAUUUUAUUUUUUUU